CCAGCCGAGGCUGCUCAGCUGUUGCUGCCCUCUAAAAGAUGCACUACUACCGAUAUGCUUCUGCUGAAAUCAGCUGUUGGUAUAAAUAUCUCCUCUUCAGCUACAACAUCAUCUUCUGGUUGGCUGGCGUGGCAUUCCUUGGAGCGGGUCUUUGGGCAUGGAGUGAAAAGGGUGUGCUGUCUGAUCUAUCCAAGAUGACUCGCCUGCAUGGCUUUGAUCCUGUGUUCCUUAUCUUGUUCGUCGGAGGGGUGAUGUUCGUGCUGGGGUUUGCUGGCUGCGUGGGAGCCCUGCGGGAAAAUAUUUGCCUUUUGAAAUUUUUCUGUGGGACCAUCGUGCUCAUCUUCAUCCUAGAGCUGGCGCUGGCUGUGCUGGCAUUCUUGUUCCAGGACUGGGUGAAAGACCGAGUGGAGACUUUCUUCAAAAACAACAUUAAGGCCUACAGAGACGAACCAGUGUUGCGGUGCUCAGAGUCCAAACGAUUGGAACCUCAACAUUUAUUUCAACUGUAGCAGUGGGAGCAAAAGUCGGGAAAGAUGCGGCGUCCCCUUCUCCUGUUGCAUCCAAGAUCCUGCGCAAAAUGUGGUGAAUACCCAGUGUGGCUACGACGUCAGAAAUAUGUCUUUAUCGCAUUGGGAGGAACGAAUCUUCACGAAGGGCUGCAUCGCUGCCCUGGAAGCCUGGCUGCCCAGAAAUAUUUAUAUCGUUGCAGGCAUCUUCGUUGCGAUUUCACUAUUGCAGAUUUUUGGGAUUUACCUGGCUAAGAUGCUGAUUUCUGAUAUCGAUGCAGUGAAGUCCGGCUUCUAUUUCCCAAGAUAAAAAACUACCUGGGAAGACCCAUCGAUCUUCAUUCUUUGUACCACGAUUGUAAAGGGAAAGGAAAGGAUCUCCGAGGCUUAGAAAACCUUGGACACAUCUAGAACUUAAAGCCGCUCUCUGUGUCUUCGGUUAAAACGCCAGAUGGCCUCCUGCUCUUAAGUUUUGCGAAUUGUUUUUCAACAUGGUUUUGUUUGAAGGAGAUACAUUUGCCUCCAGCCUUCUGCAUGCUGAUGGGUGAAGACCAGGGCGUGCAACACCAACCUCCUGUUAGUGACGUCCCUAUCAGGACUACUGUCUUUUAUUUCCUGUUUUCCUUUUUCUUUACAGUAUUUUGAAGUUAGAAUGUUACAUUCCAAAUGUCGAUCAGUGCCUGGGGGGGGGGUGGAAAGUCCCACGAUGCCAAAUAAUGAUAUCUUAAGGGUGGGGAGACGGGAAGACUUGCGAGACGAUGUUGAUACUGGAAAAAAACACGUUCAGGGAAUGUUGUGCAUGUUGACAAAUUGAAGUAUAUUGUUUGUGAGGUUUUUUUUUGUUUUGUUUUUUUACACGGAAGCCAUGUUUGCGGAGUUGUAUGGACGGGCAGGGAUGAAGGAUUCCUGUUCUUCCUUAAUCCUUUGGUUGGACCUGAUGGGGUAGAGAAGAUGGGAGUUCUCCUCUUGGGGGCCAGAUCCAAUGAAUCCAUUUGAGAAGCUAUGAGAUCUGGAGAGGACACUGGCUUUGCUUCCAAAGGACUCUCGUCAGAUUGAAAAAAAAUCUUUACCUAAGUGGAUUUAU